AUGAGCUCACUUCGAUUGCCUGUUUUUGUCACUUUUGUGCUACUUUGUAAAAUUUAUUGGGCCGACGCAGCAAGUUCCAGUUCAACUGCCGCAUCAACAGCAUCUGGAGCGGCGGCCGCCUCUGGCGCCACGAGCGGCGGCUCAUGCGCUGAUGUGGCGUUGAAUUGCCCAAUGCUUUCGAAACUUUGCAAUAACCCGACGUAUGUGGUGAUUCUCACGGAACAGUGUCCCAAAACCUGCGGUAUUUGCACGAGCUGCAAGGACAGUCGAGAAAGGUAUAUUUUUUGGCUGAAAAAGGAAGAGUAGUAAGGGCAAUGCUCAGGGUUGCUUUAUAAUAUUUCUUAUAUUUUGCAUAUAGGCUGUGAGUUUUAUAGCAAUUUUUGAAAGUCCUAGCUCAAGCUUUGCAGAGUGAGCCGAGAUAUUGAAAGACCUUUGCGGCCGAGAGAGUGCAAAAGACGCAGAGGGCGGUCAAAGAGGAAACGGUUUUUUCCGUUUCUUUGCCAUCUUCUCGUAUGAAAAAGUUUUUUUUGUAGAUAACCUCUCGAAUGGAAACAGGUCUAAAGAUUUUCAUACCAAAAUCUGCAAAAAAAGGAAAUUUUUGCCAACUUUCGGGCUAAAAAACUCGAUUUUUUCCCUGCAAACGCGAACUGAGACUCUUGUAUCAUUCUCACACAAAUUUAAUCUAAACUUGUGCCAAGCUUCACCACAACAGGAACGUCGCAAGUUGUGUAAAAAUUGCAAGAAAGAAGGAAUCAGAAAUGCUGAGCAAGGUCAACCAAACUAAGGCCAACGGUUGCUCAGAAAGAACUAAUUUUUAAACUGCAAGAAAAUCAACCCGAAACGGCAGUUAAGAACAUAUUCUUUCAGCUGCGGAACCUGGAAGAACAACGGCUUCUGUGAGAGCGCCUACUACACCCAAGAGCAGAAACGCCAAUUCUGUGCGAACAGUUGUGAUCUUUGCGGCGCUGCGGCAACCCCUGCUGCAGGAUAA